CUCUGAGAGCCAGUCGUUCUCUCUGAGGCGGGAGGCUCUUGCAAGCAAGCAAGCAAGCAAGCAAGCAAGCAAGCAAACGAGAGGGAUUGCUUGUAGAAUUGGAGAAGACAUAGAGAAGCUAUGGGCAGCACAAGCACGAGCUCUGCUGCUCUAAUCCACCAUUUCCGGCUCACCAAUCUCAGUUUCGAUUCGCCUAGAAAGCCUCCCUACACUGUGAGUUUCUGCAAUUCGUUGAAGAAAGGUGGACUCCGAUACGGUGUGACGCGACGCUCUAGCAAAUCCAUACGCCCGGUGACUCGCUUAUCAGCUCUGGGCGAAAAUUCCGGCGAUGAAACCACUCCCGGAGUUGGCUCUGCUUUAGAAGACAGACCAGCUUUGGAAGAUGCGUCCUUUGAGCAAGAAGAGAAAGCAAGUUCGAUCUAUGAGUUUCUGUAUCCUGCCAAAGAUGAGCUUCCUGAUGACAAAGAGAUGACUAUAUUCGAUCAUCUUGAGGAGCUCCGGGAGAGAAUAUUCGUCUCGGUUUUGGCUGUGGGAGCUGCAAUCGCGGGUUGCUUCGCCUACUCCAAAGAUCUAAUCGUGUUUCUUGAAGCUCCCGUCAAAACACAAGGUGUACGGUUUCUUCAGCUAGCUCCAGGCGAGUUUUUCUUCACAACUUUGAAGGUCUCGGGUUACUGUGGGCUUUUACUAGGGAGUCCAGUGAUACUGUAUGAGAUUAUAGCUUUUGUACUUCCUGGUUUGACACGAGCUGAGAGAAGGUUUCUGGGGCCAAUUGUGUUUGGUUCCUCCUUGCUCUUCUAUGCUGGACUUGCCUUCUCCUACUGGGUUUUAACCCCUGCUGCCUUGAAUUUCUUUGUGAAUUACGCAGAAGGGGUGGUUGAAUCUCUCUGGUCUAUCGACCAGUACUUUGAGUUUGUACUAGUGCUUAUGUUCAGCACCGGCCUUUCUUUCCAGGUUCCGGUAAUUCAGUUACUCCUGGGACAAGUAGGGGUGGUGUCGGGAGAUCAAAUGCUUUCAAUAUGGAAAUAUGUAGUGGUGGGUGCGGUGGUUGUAGCAGCUGUGGUCACGCCCUCGACGGACCCUGUCACUCAGAUGCUCCUAGCUACACCGCUUCUGGGGCUCUACCUGGGUGGUGCAUGGAUGGUGAAGCUCACAGGUCGGUGAGGAACUUGGUUUGGUUGUUCAAAGACGAAUAAAGUCUUGUCUCUUGUAGAGUAUAUUACCUUCCGUGUAAGAAAACCACAGUUUGGUUCUUAAAAGUGUUAAUCUGAAUCUUCAUCUUCUUGGAUGCAAAUUUAGAAACCAGCAGAGGUAUCUAUGAAGUUUGUACUUGACAUUAUCAA